AUGAAUUUAAAUAAUUAUUUUGUCGAGGGUAAACAAUAUAAAUAUUUUAAUGAGGAAAAAGAAAAACAAUGGAAAGAACCCUUUUAUUUUAUACAAGGAGCAGAUACUCAAUUUGGUUUUAUCGCAAGAGAAUUAGAUAAUAAUAAAAUUGUGACGUGGGAAAAAGAAAUUGAAUUAACUGAAAAUGUUAUAAAAAGAGUUAAUAAAAUGAGGCCCAAACCAAAAUUUUUUGUUAUGUGUGGGGAUUUGUGUGACGAGAUGCCAAAUAAUGAUUUUUUACUUAGGAAAAAACAGGAAAGUGAUUUUAAAAAAGUUUUUCAAAAGUUAGAUAAAGAUAUACCGUUAGUUUGCGUUUGUGGUAAUCAUGAUGUUGGGAAUUCUCCAACUAGAGAAACAAUGAAAUUGUAUAAUAGUUCUUUCGGUGAUGAUUACUAUUAUUUUUGGUGUGGAGGUAUAUUAUUUCUUGUAAUUAACAGUCAAUACUUUGUCGAUUCAGCACAUGUGCCAGAUUUGGCUGAAAAACAAGAAAAAUGGAUUGAGGAAAAAUUAAAAGAAGCUAAUAAGAAAAGGAUUAUAGUGUUUCAACAUGUGCCAUGGUUUUUAAAAAAAUUUGACGAAGAAGAUCAAUAUUUUAAUAUAAAUUCAUCAGUUAGAAGAAAAUGGUUAAAGAAAUUUAAAAAAGCAGGUGUAAAAGCUAUUUUCUGUGGACAUUAUCAUAGAAAUGGUGGAGGAAUUUAUGAUAAUAUUGAUGUAGCUGUUACCUCUGCUGUAGGAGGACAGCUUGGGAAUGAUAAAUCUGAAAAGACUGGUGAUGACAUAGUAACAGAAUUAGAAAAUUUAAAAGGUUUUCUCGAUAAAACAUCUAAAACGAAUAAUGAUGACAUAUCCGUUAGCAAGAGUUUAACUUCAUUUUUUGUUAAUAAAAAUGAAGUUGUGGCUAAAAUUCAACAAAAAGUUAAUACGAUUAGUGACGUUAACGGAAAGCCAAAAUCCGUUAGUAAAACCGAAUUGGAAAUACCAUCAAAGGGAAUUCAUAAUGUGAUAAUUAAAGAUGAUGAAAAUGAAAAUGGAAUGGAUGGAAAAGAAAAAAUUGUUGGUAAGACGGAGGGAAAAAGUGGAUUGGAAUACAGUCCGUUAGAUAUGGCUGAAUAUAUAUAUUGGACGGGAGAUGAAAAAAAUGUUGCUUUAAUGAUUGAAGAAUUAUUGGAAGAAGGUUUAAUGUCGAGGCAAGAAGCCAUUAAUUUCCUUCAAUCAAUUAAAUUCAAUUUGGAUUUCAUGCAAGCUCGAGAUAAAAAUUUACAAAAAUUGAAAAAGAAAAUAUCAUACGUGGAAUAUCUAUUAGAAGAAAUAAUUUAUAAAUUAGCAAAAAUAAUGUUUUCACAAAGUAUAACUGUGAAAAAUACAGAUGCCCAAAAAUCGUUGCAUAAAUUAGUUAAUUUUCUGGAAAAAGAAGUUAAAAAAGGGGAAAUAUCAAGAAAUUUAGAAAGAAAAUUAUUGGGUAAUCAAAAAUAA